CGGCCCAGAAUCGAUGCAGCCAGCAAGUGCAAUGCAAGCUCCCCCACAAUUAUUGCUCCGAUACUCCAAUCGCCAUCUGCGAAAUGCUGUCGCUGUUCCUGCCUACGAGCGAGAGAGAGAAUCUCAUCUCGAUGCUGAACAAGUAAUUUUCCCGGUUCUGAAUCCGUUCAAUCAUCCAGGAAAAAUGUCCGGAAUUCCAGCGGAUGAUGAGGAUUGAAAAGGUUGGGUGCUGCAAAAGCGAGAGGGGGUGGGGAAAGAAGGGCGCAAGACCAAUCAAGCCAAAAGGAAGGCAAUGCCACGAAGGAAUCGGCUAGGGUUAGCCAUCCGCAGCCACAGCCGAGGGGUUAGCGGGUUUAGCCCUAGCCCACCAUGACUGUUGCGGCGCAUUUCAUCUCCUCCUCGCCGAGGGGAAGAAAAAACCGCAUCGCGACGGCGACAUCGGGGGGGCCUCUUUAAUAAUGCUUCCAUCAGAGAGCAUGGCCAUGGCCAUGGCCACGACCUUGAUCUUGAGGUUAGCCGGGGUCGAAAGGUUCUUCUUCUUUUGCGCCUUUAUGGCAAAGGGGAAUUCUUCGUCGUCACGCACCAAGCGUUACGCAAUUCGCAAAAGAGGAGGGAGGGCAGCUGUGGCUCUUUAUAUAACCCUGCAUCACUUCUUCUGGCUAACUGGUGUCCUUUGGAGCUGAGCUACAUAGCACAUCCGUGGAGUCUCUUGUGCUAAGCAAUUUACCGUUCCAGUGCUCUACUUUGUAGGCCAUCCAUAUUAGACGGAAGAACUUUAUCAGCUAAUAUUCCCACUCUGGCACAUGAAUUUAUGCAGUAUUAUUAUUGGAGGAGACCAAUUCAAGAAUGAUAUAAUGGAGCUUUACCCUGGCUAUCUUGAAGACCAUUUUAACAUCCACAAGCUUAGUAUCAGCAGCGCCUCUCCUCCGGAGUACAUGACCUCGGCGUCGACGCAGUUCGCGGCACCGGUCAGAAUGGGGGCGUACGACCGGCCUCCGCCAGUUGGCAUGUGGAGUCACGAGCAGUUCAAGGUUGACAACGGCCAGGCCACGAGUGCAUCCACGAUCAUGGAGGCAGAGAUGAAAUUUGAGAAUAGGCUAGAAGAAAUUCCCCAAGUAGUUCUGGAGGAAGGGAGAAAUGUUGAUCAGGAGGCAAGCAAGCCGCCAGACAAGGUCCUCAGAAGACUUGCACAAAACAGAGAGGCUGCACGGAAAAGCCGCCUGCGGAAAAAGGCUUAUAUCCAACAGCUGGAGACAAGCCGGUUGAAACUAGCGCAGUUAGAGCAAGAGCUUCAACGGGCCAGGCAGCAGGCUGUGUAUGCAAAUGGGAGCCUUCGAGAACCAAAUCUUGGAUUUACAGGACCGAUCGAUCCAGGUGCCUUAGGUUUUGAGAUUAAGUACAGCCAUUGGGUGGACGAGCAGAAUCGCAACACUGGUGAGCUGAGGAAUGCGCUGCUGCAGGGGCAGACGACGGACCAGGACCUGGAGCUCAAGUUGCUCGUCGAGGCUGGGCUCGACAACUACAACCGCCUCUUCGAGAUGAAAGAGGAAGCCGCCAACUCCGACGUGUUCUACAUCAUGUCGGGCAUGUGGAAGACCCCCACCGAGCGGUUCUUCCUGUGGAUCGGUGGGUUCCGGCCAUCGGAGGUUCUCAAGAAUUUGAGACCGCAGCUGGAGCCUCUGACGGACAAGCAGGUCGUGGAAGUGGGCGGCCUGCAGCAAACCUCGAUGCAGGUCGAGGACGCCCUCUCGCAGGGCAUGGACAAGCUGAAGCAGACGAUCGCGGACUCCCUGACGGCGGCCGACCCGUUCGACUCCCCCGAGGCCUACAUGGUGCACAUGGCCAACGCCGUGGAGCAGCUCAGAUCCCUCGUCCAGUUCGUUACCCAGGCAGAUCAUCUCCGGCAGCAGACGCUGCAGGAGAUGCACAGGAUCCUGACGACGCGGCAGGCGGCGAGGGGGCUCCUCGCGCUGGGGGACUACUUCCAGCGCUUCCGAGCGCUGAGCUCGCUAUGGGCAGCUCGCCCGCGCGAUUCAGGGAUAAGCUAAACACCGUAAUAUGGUCACGGUAGAAGCUACAGAUAUCAGUAGCAAUUCGUCGUGUUAGUUCGCUACUUCAGUGUCAGGUCAAUGGCCAGUGAAGGAUGAAGAGAUCUUUCUACCUGUGCUUCGUCGAAGAAGAACAACUCGUGAUCGACUUUCUGCAGCGCCGCUGCAACUGCAAUCCAAGGAAUGGUGUAUGUUCGCCUGCUGAGAUGAAGAAAUAACCAAAAUUAACUUUGGUCUUUCUGAUGUGGGCACAAGAGAAGAUGUAAUAUAAUAUGUAAAUAUAUACAUGUUUUGGGUAUCAUUGCCAGAGGCCUCUACAGCUGGUUUUAUAGACAUGUGAUGUAAUUAUCUGUAACUAGUGUUGCUCGGUUCCUCCUCCCUAGUACGGCAGACAUAGGUGACAUACUGCCAUUGUAUUGUAUGGGAGAACAAAUUAGUUCACUUGAGAACUAGAAAAACAUGCAGUGAUGUUUUGCUGAAGUUGAAGUAGUUUCUGCCACCACAAAA